UUCGAUCAUUGAAGUUGCCAAAUUGAAGAAGGGAUGCAUGUUACGACUUUAUCACACAAAUAACAUGUAAAAGGCUUGUUUUCACGAGGGACGUUUUCCCAAUUUUGGCCGCUACGCAUGCGCAGAUGUUUCGCGCCCGUUAGCUGUCAAAAGUUGGGUGUUUUUUUCCCUUUUUACUCCCCUCCUAUUCCUCCACCUUCAAGCUAACCGUGGAGGCCACUCACCGCUUCGGCUAACUUCCUAAAUGUCUACACGGAGUUCCAACUUGCUGUUGAUACUCAAGUUGAGGGGGAGUUCAGGGGGGCAUUCCGGGGCUGGGAAAUUCCGGCUUCAAACACGCACCGCUACCUCCACUCCCUCCUCCACUAUCGGAGCGCUGAAGCAUGAUCUCGAUGGUCAAUCGCCUCCAGGAUGCCCUGGGCAGCGCGGGACUGAACUACAACCUCCUCUUGCCCCAAAUCGCGGUGGUCGGCGGCCAGAGCUCCGGGAAGACCUCCGUGCUGGAGAACUUUGUGGGCAGAGACUUCCUUCCCCGUGGUACUGGAAUUGUCACACGUAGACCUUUAGUCCUGCAGCUGCAUCACGCUGACAAUGAGUACGGGGAAUUUUUGCACUGCAGGGGGAAGAAGUUCAUCAACUUUGAUGAAAUCCGCCAAGAAAUUGAGGCGGAAACCCGCAGGCUCACAGGAACCAAAAAAGGCAUCUCUCCUAUCCCCAUUAACCUCCGUAUUUUCUCUCCUAAUGUGCUCAACCUGACCCUCGUGGACCUGCCUGGAAUCACCAAAAUACCCGUGGGAGACCAGCCGCCAGACAUCGAGUACCAGGUCCGGGACAUGAUUAUGCAGUACAUCUGCAACGAAAACUGCCUCAUCCUGGCUGUGACGCCUGCCAACAUGGACCUGGCCAACUCGGACGCACUCAAAUUAGCCAAAGAUGUGGAUCCACAGGGUCAGCGCACGAUAGGUGUGAUCACAAUGCUGGACCUCAUGGAUAAAGGAACAGAUGCUCGGGAAAUACUAGAGAAUAGAUUGCUUCCACUGAGAAGAGGUUACAUUGGGCUUGUGAACCGCAGUCAAAAGGACAUCGACGGGAAAAAGGAUAUUAACACAGCCUUGCAAACGGAGAAGAAGUUCUUCCUGUCCCACCCAGCUUAUAGGCACAUGUGCGACAGAAUGGGCACACCGUACUUACAGAGAUCCCUCAACCAGCAAUUGACAAGCCACAUCCGGGACAGUCUGCCUGCACUUCACGGCCACCUGCAGUGCCUGCUUGUGUCUAUCAGUAAAGAUGUUGAUACAUACAAACUGUAUAAUCCCGAUGACCCCAUUUGCAGGACCAAGACCCUCAUCAGGCUAGUGCAGCAACUAUCCGGUGACUUUGAAAAGCUGAUCGAGGGCUCAGCAAAUGAAGUUAAUACCACAAACCUGUCAGGAGGUGCAAGGAUCAACCAGAUCUUUCAUGAGCGCUUCCCAUAUCUACUGCACAAAAUGAAGUGUGAUGAAAGUAAGCUGCGGCUGGAAAUUGCAUACGCCAUCAGGAACAUCCACGGCGUCAGGACGGGCCUGUUCACCCCAGACAUGGCUUUUCAGGCCAUUGUAAAGAAACAGAUCUCCAAACUAAAAAUUCCCUGUUUCGGGUUUGUCGACAUGGUUCGCAAGGAAUUGGUCUCCACCGUAUAUGAGUGCUUCAGUAAGCUUAGCUGUUUUCCAAAGCUGCGGGAAGAAACUGAGCGGCUUGUCACCAGUGAAAUCCGAGAACAAGAAAGCACAUGCAGACAACAGAUCACUCUGCUCAUUGACAUGCAACUCGCCUACAUUAAUACCAAACAUGAAGAUUUUAUCGGCUUCACUCAAGCUCAGCCCGUGUGCCACAGUAGUGAUAAAAAGAUUGUGACCGGCAGUGGAGUGCAACAGGCUGUGGCCCCUCCCUCCAGUCUAAUAGUGAUACGUAAAGGAUGGCUCAGCAUCAACAACGUCAGCAUUAUUGCUAAGGAGUACUGGUUCAUUCUCACUGCCGAUAGUCUCUCCUGGUUCAAGGACAAUGAGGAGACGGAAAAGAGGUACAUGCUCCCCCUGAAUAACCUCAAGGUCCGAGAUGUAGAGAGAAGCUUCAUGUCCAGCAAAUUUGCCUUCGCCCUCUUUCAUACGGAGUCAAGGAACGUGUACAAGGACCACAAGUUUCUGGAGCUGGUUUGCAACACGCAGGAGGAGCUGGACAUCUGGAAGUCCUCUCUACUACGGGCUGGCGUCUUUCCAGAGGAGGUCACGGUGAAUGCGCAGGGAAAUGGGCUGUUUGAGAACUUCACCGACCCCCAGCUGGAACGCCAGGUGGAGACCAUUCGCAACCUGGUGGACUCCUACAUGGGCAUCAUCCACAAGACCAUUAAGGACUUGAUGCCCAAGGCGAUCAUGCACCUGAUGAUCAACAGCGUGAAGGAGUUCAUUAGCUCGGAGCUGCUGGCCCAGCUCUACGCUUUGGGAGACUGUUCGGCGCUGAUGGAUGAGUCACCGGAGCAGCGGCAGCAUCGAGAGCAAGUGCUCAGCAAGCACGCCGCCCUGCAGGCCGCGCUCGAUAUCAUCGGCGAGAUCUCCACGUCUGGCCAUGUCACCCCCCUGGACAUGUGCCCUAGGCAGUAUGGCAGCGUCACAAUCCCUAAAAAGUCGGCGACCAGCGGAAAGUCUCGAACCCGUGGCCGUGCCCCGCCGGUGCCCGGCCCCGCCCCCCCAGGCCCGACUUGCGUGCCCAGGAGGCCUGCUCCUGCAGCCCCAUUUUCCAAAUAGGAGGACCCGGCCAUCCCGGCAACCACUAUCCAGCUGUGCAUCGUGCCACCCGACCCAAGAACCUCCGCCGCUGUCACACUUCCUCCAAUCGUGAGCCUGUUUUGUGCAUACCUUAUAAUACAUUAGCUGCUGACUUUUCCUCAAGUGCCUCAACUUUGUGUAAAUAUAAAUAACAGCUAUUCUAUGAACAGGAGAGAUAAAACACUAUUUUAUAACUUUUUUUUUUUUUUUUUUAAAUAAAGAGCUUUUUUAUUUUUCAAUAGUGUUCGUCUUCAACUUGAAUUUUCGGAAUGACAGUGGCAUGUUUGUUUGUCUAUCUGGGUGAACCUUGCUGCAAGUACAGUAGGUAAUCUUUUUUCAAAUCUAAAACCAACAAAAACAAUAAUCAUAAAACUCUAUUCUCAUGAAAUUAGACCUUCAUGUACACAUUUUUUUGGACACUUCAUGCAGGGUGUUACCUCUGCAACAUAAUGCCAAUUUCUACCCGUAAUGUAUCACAAAGUCAUAAUCAUAGUUAAUAGUUGGAUUAAAAGACUUGUAGACCAUAAAUACAAGGUAAGUGAAUUUUAAUAAAAGUACUGCAGUAACUGCCUUCUUGUGCUGGAAGGAGUGUGCUGCUCUCUAGAGGUCAAGAUGCUUAUACUAUAGUUACACGGGUGGAAAACCGUUUCUUCCUCGAUUGUAGUAAAGAUUAAGGGUGGACUUUAUUAAUAUACACUGCUGUCCAAAAGUAUUUGCACCCUUGCAAUUCUAUCAGAUAAUGAUAGAAUUAUCAAUCCCAGAAAGAGAAUGCAAUUACGAAUGCUUUGGUAGUAAUAUCUUCAUUUAUUUUGCUUGCAAUGAAAAAACACAAAACUCCAAAAAUGGGCCGGACAAAAGUAUCGGCACCCUUUAAAAAAAUCAUCUGAUGCUUCUCUAAUGUUUGUAAUUAACAGCACCUGUUACUUACCUGUGGCACAUAAUAGGUGGUGGCAAUAACUAAAUCACACGUGCAGCCAGUUAAAAUGGAUUACAGUUGACUCAACCUCUGUUCUGUGUCCUUGUGUGUACCACACGGAGCAUGGAGAAACGACAGAAGACCAAAGAACUGUCCGAGGACUCGAGAAGCAAAAUUGUGAGGAAGCAUGGGCAAUCUCAAGGCUACAAGUCCAUCUCUAAAGACCUGAAUGUUCCUGUGUCUACCAUUUGCAGUGUCAUUAAUAAGUGUACAGCCCAUGGCACUGUGGCUAACCUCACUAAAUGUGGACGGAAAAGAAAAAUUGACGAGAGAUUUCAACGAAAGAUUGUGCGACUGGUGGAUAAAGAACCUCGACUAACAUCCAAACAAGUUCAAUCUGUCCUGUGUCAACCCGUACUAUACGUUGGCGCCUGAAUGAAAAGGGAUUCUAUGGUACGAUACCCAUGAGAACCCCACAUCUGACCCAGACCAUAAAAAAGCCAGGCUGGAGUUUGCUAAAACUUACCUGAGAAAGCCAAAAACGUUUUGGAACAAUGUUCUCUGGUCAGAUGAGACAAAAAUAGAGCUUUUUGGGAAAAGGUAUCAACAGAGAGUUUACAUGAAUAUAACGAGGCCUUCGACGAAAAGAACACGGUCCCCACAGUCAAACAUGGCGGAGGUUCCCUGAUGUUUUGGGGUUGCUUUGCCACCUCUAGCACUGGACUGCUUGACCGUGUGCAUGGCAUUAUGAAGUCUGAAGACUACCAACAAAUUGCAAAUUUGCAGCAUAAUGUAGGGCCCAGUGUGAGAAAACUGGGUCUUCCAGCAGGACAAUGACCCAAAACACACUUCAAAAAGCACUAGAAAAUGGUUUGAGAGAAAGCACUGGAGACUUCUAAAGUGCCCAGCAAUGAGUCCAGACCUGAAUCCCAUAGAACAACUGUGGAGAGAUCUGAAAAGGGCAGUUUAGAGAAGGCACCCUUCAUAUAUCCGAGACCUAGAGCAGUUGGCCAAAGAAGAAUGGUCUAAAAUUCCAGCAGAGCAUUGUAAGAAUCUUACUGAUGGUUACCAGAAGUGGUUGUUCGCAGUUUUUGUCUAAAGGUUGUGCUACCAAGUAUUAGGCUGAGGGUGCAAAUACUUUUGUCCGGCCCAUUUUUGAGUUUUGUGUAAUUUUUUUUUCAUUUUCUUUUGUGUUUUUUCAUUGCAAGAAAAAUAAAUGAAGAUAUUACUACCAAGGCAUUUGUAAUUGCAAUCAUUUUCUGGGAGAAAUUGAGCGUCAUCUGACAGAAUUGCAGGGGUGCCAAUACUUUUGGCCCGCACUGUAUAUAUCUAAUUAAAUAGCUUUGUAAUUAUCUUAAUUAAUCAAAUCGUAAUGUAAUAUGUCACAAAAAGCCUUUUUUGAAGAAAAAAAAAAAUAGUAUUCACUUAAUUGCAUUUCAACACAAAAUAAUAGAAAAACAUUAAAUGAGGCAAAAACCUAGUUUAACUACUACUUUGACAUUUAAAUGGUUAAAAAAGCAGCAUAAAGUGCAGAUCUUCUGAAAAUGGGAGGUCUAAAACUCAAGUAGCCCUAGCAAAAAUAAUAAUUUUGUACUUUAGGUGGUCUCUAACCUUUUUUUCAACACUGACUGAUUUCAUUUCAAGACAUAUUUUGACGUUCAUUUUCAGCGAGCUGGCCUUUAGUUUCGUGAAUUAUGUAAAGAUCAUUAUAUAUAAAAUGUAACAAUAUGUACAAUAGUGUGUGAGAAAAUUGUGGAUUGGCUGUGUUGUUUUUAAUAUUCUGCGAUUAAAAUGUUUAUUUUCAAACUCCUUAAAUGUUGUGUAAUUAACACAUUAAAAGUCCCAGUUCUAGUGAAGAUACAACCUAAUAAUGGAGCAAUCUACAGGAACUGUGGGCUUUUAUUUGAAAAAUUCAAGUUCAUCAUGUAAUUCUUUGUAUUAUUAUUUAUCAUUUAUUUCAGUAGUGUUAGUACAUGAUAUUGAAUCACAUUAGAACCCAGUCAGGAAGUUGUUCAGUGUGCUUCACCAUUUCCAUAUUCUAGCAACACGUUGUUUGAGGGACUUAAAUAAAACAUGACAUAAAUCCUAUUUUGUAUUGUAUCAACAGACUUAAAGUGCAAAGAUUUUUUUUUUGUUGGGGGACAGAAAAAAAAUCUAAUCAAUUAUGUAAUAAGGUGAUACCAAAAAAUAGAGAAGGAAAAGAGUGCAUGUAGCAGCAGUAACCUUAAAAGGGAAAGGCAACACCUUUAGCUUAAUUAAUGAAAAACAGAAUUUCAUUUUUCUGAGGUGUAAUAGUGGAGAAAAACACACACAGAAAAAAAACUAUUUCCAGGAAGUGUCAACCCUUUGGGCAGGCAGACAUUUAUCAAUGCUGGUGCUAUUUUAGCCAAUUCAUUUAAUAUCCUAGAUUGCCCACCCUUUGUCUUGAUGUCAUUAAUACCCAUUAUCAGAUAUACCUGCGUUAAGUCUGUCAUUGUCUAUGUGCAUCGGUAUAACGGAUGUCAAAAAAUGGCUGCACUUUUAAGCAGCAGAGCCAUGUAGAAAGUUGUGACUCCCAUAGAGAUCCAUUACACGAUUUCAAAUAGUUCCAAACAUCCCUUCGGCAAGGGCGGACCCCAAUGAGAUAAUCAAACAAGUACUGAUAUAUGUGAUUUUUAUCAAAAAUUUUUUUUUACUAUAAAUCUCGUAAUUACCGCUGUCAGUUCCAUCGAAAACCAUUACAGUGCUGCUUGUGCUUGGAACUAUUCAGGGCUUCGUGAACUACUAAUCAAGAGUGUCACAACUCUUUCUCCAUGGCUCUGGUAAGCAGUGCUUAAACAUUAUUGGUUUAUGAAAUUUGCUGUUCAUAUAUGAGCAACAUAAAGGUAUUUUUUUUACUAUCUUUCCCUUGAAUUGAGGUAAUCGCUCGAAAUAUUACAACAGUAGCUGAAUCUCUAAAAAUGUUACCUGCAAGUAAAUACAUUUUGCAAUGCAAAACAAUGUGACAGUUAAUCCUUUCACUGGCCCUUAAUUAGAUAAUUAAAGCAAAUACAAAAAAAUGGCUUCAUAAAGAUCACGCACUUUUAAAAAGUUCCUUUUCAAACAUAUUCCAAGACCUUAUCCUUAUUUUUGUAAAGGCAAAGUGUUACACAUAUUGGACCUCAUGAGCUUGUGUGCAGCAGGUAUCUGUGUUUCAUCCAGGCGUCCUUCAGUGGAGGAAGCGACUAAGGUCCUCGUGGAUCUCUGCCUCAUCCCAUGGCCCGUGGAUAUUGUCCUUAUGCCUCUGUAACCGAACCAGCAGCCAAGGGCAAAGUAGCAUCACGCAGACCAAUGCCAGCGCCAGAAGGACCGCCCCUCCCGGCCAACGAGACGCCAGGCCACCCACGCCUGCCACACACACCCCCGCGCACACCACAGCGAAGUGGCAUGGGGCUCUGUCCUUCACCCUCCUCAGCAGGCAGGGCCAUAGUGCAAAGAUCAUAAGAGCGCAGCUGAGCAUAGUGAAAGUGUCCAGUGCGUCUGGGAGGCGGGAAGCCAGACAGACGGACGCGAAUAGGGCCACGUUGAGGGACAGACUGCCCGGAGGUGAGGGAUGGGCAUACGGGAAGGAGACCAAGUGAGCCAAAAGCAUAAGGGCUGACAUUGCGUACACCGUGUCUGUGCUCACAGACUCCGUUAGUGUCUUUAAGACUGGUGAGAAGCCAAAGAUGAACGCGAGGUAAAUGGUGGCGCUCUGUAAAUCGGCCAGACAGGUCCGAUGUGAGAGAACAGGUUCCACUCGCGACGCGAGGGCUUGGUACAGUCCAUAGCCCAUUAGCGAGGUAGCUAGGCUGACAACCAGGAGGGUGCCUGGGGACAGGAGGCCCUAAGAGAAGAGCACAUGGAUUGGAUAGAUAAACAGGCUGAGCAGAAAGUAAUAUUUAAGAUGCUUUACCUCUUCCAUGUAGAGCCAGAGUGUGAUGAAAAUGGCCACGCAGGAAAGCUGCUGCCCUACCAGACCUGCCUCUCGCACCACAGCCCAGUAGCGGUACUGGCGGACACCCACGUUCCUACGCAACUCCUCCAGGAAGCGCUGGUCUACGUAGUUGUCGGGGAAGGGCUGACGCUCCCACAGUACUUUCCUCCAGGCUACAACCGUACCCGGUCCGUCGUCUGGCCCCAUCACCCCUGGACACAUGCAGAAUUGCUCCAUUAGGAAGCAAAGCAAAUCCUGUCAGGAAAUGUAAAUGCUUGUUUUUCCCAUAGCGCCCUUGUGGUCGACUAGUAACCAAUCCAGGUUAUACCCAUCCUCACGUCUCAAAUUUUUCCUGGGAUAGGCUCUUGAAUAUGUUCCAGGCAUGAAAAUCUCUCACCUUUCGGCGAAAUUCGCCAUUUUGAAGUCAAAAAGGGUGACCUAUAGGAAUUGUGUAGAUCCGAGGAGAAAUUUUUUGGGGGGGGUUUAUGUCGGAUGCUUGGUAUGCAAGCGGGGAAAGUGGCACAAAGCCAAAAAAGAGUGGCCAAAGCAUUGACUGAUUUCAAAACAAAGGAGGGCACACAUUUUUGUCCUGUCUCUUCAUGCCAAGCUUGGCUGGACGUCGGCCGUGAAUUAACACCUAAAGUGCCGUCACCCAGUUGUAAUUUUGGAAGACAACAGGAGACAAUUACAAGCUAGCAGAUCGUAAGUCCAUCAAACUAACUAACGACAUGUUUAAUUGAAAUUGCUAAGCCUGUUGCGAUAUGCAGCGAGUCCAUUUAUCGUACGGUAAAUAAAAAUGAGGGCGAUAACUUUCAUGGCUGAGUUUUAUUGCCCCGUGCAUACAUUUGUGCGUGCCUGCUGAUGGCAUAUGAGACUUAAGUUCUUUUCAUAGAUGUUUAUUGGACAUCAACACGCCGUAGAAUUUAAAUUCAUACAUUCAAAAUAAGGAAACACAUUUAUAUUAAACCCUGUAAACGUGAGCAUUGCUACAUUGAGGCUAAUGAGGAAAAAAUACAACCUACUUUAGCCUGCAAUAAAACAUUCGCAGUCUUCUCCGAAACGCAAAUGUGCGGUUAAAAGGUGACACUUCAAACAUGAAAAAUCGCUGGUUAACAGCAUUUACAAAUGAAAAAAAUGGGUAAAAAAUUGAUUACGAACACCACAUGCAAUGACAAAAAGAGCUUUUUUGCGGAGUGUAAAGCUUACUGUUAGCGGUUUAGCGAGUGUACUUCCGGUGAACAUUUCAAAAUAAAAGCACGUCAUGUUUGUCAUAUAAAUAACGAUUUCUGGAGUUAAUCCCACAUACUUCAGAAUUCAGAUUCUACACUAAGAAUAGCUUUAAAAUGACACCCUUUAUGAAAAAUCUUAUUGGCAAUGAAUAAUUAUUAUACUUCCAUUAUAUAUAGUAGUGUACUAUAAUAUCAAUGCUAGAUAUUUUUUUUAAAGAACUGUUUUGAGUCAUGUUGGAAAGGUGAAGUCAGUGUUCUGCAUCUGUUUACAUUCCAUUCUUUUGCACUAGUUAAUGCUAUUAGUUUUUGACCUCAUUGUUUAUUUGAGAUUUAUUGUUGUUAUUUACGUGUUUAAUUGUACUUUAAUAAAGAAUUUAAAGAGCAUACGCCAGAAGAAAAAAAGUCUUAAAUGGCAUUAUUAUGUGAAUUAGAAUCAUAUUUUGAGACUAUUCGACUAUAUACAACAAUUUAGCAAAGCGCAGAUGACGAGAAAUUAGUCUUUUAAUCUGCCGGUUAGCCACGUCUACCAUUAUAGGGCUUUAGCGUCCCCAACAGGUGGAUGAUGUCAGCGGUAGACUGGGCUCUUCGGUUUUACUAUUCAGCCCAUUGAGUGGGAAUUAUUCAGAACGAGGAAAACGCGACGAAGAGAGCCGCAAAAUGUCAUUGUUUCAGUCUCUCUACUCCAAUAUUUUUACAGGAUAUUCUUUUUAUCCAAGUAUUUUUCCCCAAUAGCUAUAUAAAUGGCUUGAGAAGGACCAGUCAGCCCGUCGAGGGGGAACUAUUCACAAUGAGGAAAACGCGACGAAGAGAGCUGCAAAAUGUCAUUGUUUCUGUCUCUUUACUUCAAUAUUUUUACAGGAUAUUCUUUUUAUCCAAGUAUUUUCCCCAACUGCUAAAUAAAUGGCAUGGUCAUAACAAAUAACAGUCUUUCGCUAAAUGGAAUAUGAAAUAAUAAAAAAUGCAUUUAUUCAGGACGACAUGGCAAAAUUAUUCAAUAAUGGUCAAAACUGUCGACUUCACCUUUACUGUCGCACCUCCCGAACGAUAUUUUAUGACACCUAAAUCGGACAUAUGUCAUUUCCUUUCCCCGGCUUCGGAGAAUGUAAACAUACCAAAAGGCGUGACAGCUAGCCGACAUGCUAACCCGAACCGUGUGAUGUUUCAAAGUCUUCGAAGCGGAAAAUCACACAUAACUAGCCUGGAUUUAUUGACAUGACAACUGGGUUGUCGAUUGUCUUCGCGGAUCGGCAAACCGCCCGGCGGAGAGCAAUUUACAGUUCGUUCCCCGGAGGAGGCUGCAGUUGUUGUGCAGCUAACGUGCUGCUAAUGUGCAUGAGGAGAGCUUUUUACAUGCCUAUCAAUGAUCAAACGUAAGUAGUCCUUUAUUCAAAGAAAGUUCGAAGUGUUUACUUUGUAAUCGCCGUAUUCGUAUUUGACAUAAUACAAAACAAGAUGUUUACUUACGUCCUUGUAAGUCCAAUGGUCCCACAGUAAAUAUCCACGGUGAAUGGGAACCUUUUGAAACUCCAAAAAGGCGCAUACACCUCUCCCUCAUACAGGAUGAUUUUUCUGCAGCUGUUUGGCUGGCGUGAUGCGAAAAAUAAACAUAUUAAUCCGCAAAAUCAGCUGAAUCCUUCGUCCUCAUACACAACAGUACGCUGUAUAGUGAAGAGGACGUCUUCUACCGUACAUGUCACAGCGCCCUCCUCCUCAAUGCAAGACCGAAGCCGGAAGUCACUCAUUUUCAUGGCGCGGGAUUAAAAAAACUAAAUAAAUAUAGCGAUCGCCUCCACACACAUCCAAGCGGCCCAUAUCAUUCAGGAGCAUAAAAUACAGCGUGUAUUAUGAAAUAAACAUGCUUUUUCGUGUCACCUGCACUUUAAGUGUUCCAAAAUAUUUUUGUGAAUAAAUAAGCGUCAUCAAAAACUUCAUUGCUAAAUUAGUAAAAAAAGGGGGAAAAAAUAUUAGAUAAGUCGACUAAUCGUAAAUAUAGUUGGCUG